UCAGAAGCAAGGGACAUAACUUCGUUUACGCAAGCAGCUAUCAUGGCGGCUACUCUUCGUAAAAACUUAGUGGGACAUAUUGUUAAACGAAGUACAGUCAACCCUCAUGCCUACAAAGUGCAAUGUUUGAAACUUGGUUUAGAUAAAUAUCUGUUAAAGUACUUCAACAAGCGUUCUUCCUACUGGGCACUUGAUCCUCAGAAAAUAUGUGAUAUUGGCGAUAUAGUUGUAAUUGACAGACUGAAAGAACGACCCACUGUUCAGAUUACUCAUCAAAUCCAAAGCAUGAUGUUCAAAAAUGGUGCUGUAGUGGAUCCUAUCACUGGAAAACUAUGUGCUGGGACUAAGUUUGUUGACAUGGAAAUCAGGGAAAAACUACUUAAUAAACCUUCCUGACACACCAUACUUAAUUAUCUUAAAAUAUAACAUCUAUUGAACAUUGGUUUAGACUUUGAAAUAUGACUGUUUUUUUAUAGGAAUUUAUUGAAUAAAUUUUGUUUUCUUUUUCA